GUUUCCAUCAGCUUAAUUCACAUUGGACCUCUGACCGAGCAUACAGAGUACAUCCUGUAGUGCUCUGUACAGAAGGUAGCUCCCAUUCAAAAACUAGUUGUGACCUUUUACAAAGGAAAUACACAGCUGGGUAGCAUGCAUGGUGACAGUGCCCAAAAAACCCCAGUAAAUAAGCUCUUUACUUGGAGUUUUAACACCAGUAAAGAAGAUAAUGGAGCCCAGUUCUGGUGUGACGCAAAACUGGAAUUAGGACCUGAAGGACCACAGCCUCCUCCAGUGGUGAAAUCAAACUAUCUCACUGCUACAGUUCACUAUGGGCCUGAGCUGAAGGUUUCAGCUGAUCCACCUCCAAUCACCAUCACAAGAGGAAACACUCUCAAUCUGACCUGCUUGGCCGAGGGCAACCCUGAACCUUCGUACAACUGGACGUUGCCGUCCAAUAAGGGUUACAGCAGUGGGACCAGUCUCACCGUUCAGUCAGUGGAUUAUCAGGAUGAAGGACAGUAUGUCUGCACUGUUAGCAGCAAACUGAAAACUAUCCACGUAAAAUUUAAUGUACAAGUCAAAGCAAGCAUCUGGCCAUACAUUAUAGUUGCAAUAGUUGUUGUUGCUCUGUUAUCGUCAUUGAUCUUUUUUGUUUACAAACGGAAUCGAAGCAGGACCAACUGAAGGAUGUUUUCCUUUUGGGUUGAAUGCAUCACCCUGGACAUGGUCUAAAUUUUUGAAAAAGGAUCACUGGACAAUUUCUAGCAGAAGUUUGGAAGACAUCUGCAGUGCCUCUAACAUGUUAUGGAUUUAUGUUGCUGUAUGGUCUGCCAUUUCCAAUUUUGGACUAAAUGUGCUCUAUAUAAUGGAAGUUUUUAGUUAUUUUUCAGUGGUUUAGAUGUUCUUGGAAAUUUAUCAGAAGUCUUUACAUCUGAAAUCCUCCAAUGCUGCAUUGGAUUAUAAUUAAUAAGUCAAUUUUUAGCAUUUCAACUAAUUUCUUUAUGACUUAGAUGAGGAGACAAACGGACAAAAAUGUCUAAUGCUACGUUCACACCGGACGCAGCAAAAGCAGCAAAAUUGCGUCUGCUGCUUCAUUUUUGCUGCUUGUACCAGUUAGUUCUGACGCGCG